AUGGCCCACUUCCCAGACGACUUCGUGCCCGACGAGGACUUCCGGUCGUCGGACAUUGAGAUCGACCUUCCCGUCAACCCGCAUGCUGAUCUAGGCAAGAAGGCCAUCGCCCGUAUGGACAAGACCGCAUUUCGCGACCGCUACGAGUCAAAGGCUGCCGUCAAGCAAGCGACGCUCGUCACUGGGGCUGUAAGCACCGUAGUAGCUCGGGCGAGAUGGGCCAACCUCUUCUAUAACUUCCUAGAGGUGACGCUGCAGAAGAACCGCAAGGUGCACGUCCCAACUGCCGAGGACAUUGAACGCUUCAUCAGAACCGUGCCUAAACACCUUCGCUCCCCUCGAGAGUCCGGAGUGAUCUCCUACUCCUACCUACAGUAUGGCCUCUCCGCCGUCAUCAAGACACUCAAAUUCGACUACAAGACCUUCGCGCUCUCCACACACGGUGCACAGCGCCUCCAAAACGCGUUCGCGGAUCUCAAGAAACAGGGCGCCAUAACCAAGGAUCCUUAUCUGAUCCGGCAGUACGUCACCGCGCGUGUCUUGAAGCGGCUGGUGGGCGCACUCAUCACCAAUGCCUUGACCCACGGGACGACAUCCUGGGACAAGGUCCUCGCGAGGGCGCUGUCCAUGGUGACCCAGGCCGCAACGGUUGGAAGAGCAGGCGAUGUAGCUCUGAAUUCACUGUACAAGGGGAACGAGUACCUUCGGUUCGAGCACGUUCGCAUCAAGCUGGCUCACAACUCGGCUGGUAACGAGGUCCUCGUUUGCCAGGUCAAGAUGGAGUAUCGGAAAGGGCAGAAGACGAACGGCGCCGCUUUUGAAUGGGUCAGAAUCGACAUCCUCGAAAAUGACCAACCGCGCUAUCUCUGUUUCGUCACGUUGCUACUGGUCUGUGCUAUGAGGAUGGGUGCGGUCGAGGCGCAGUCUCUUCAAGAAGUCAUGGAGCAGUGUCGCACUGCGCCGAACCGAAUUCUCAAGUGGGCGCAGCCAGCCUGGCCUGUCCUGAUGCGUUUUACUCAGACCGGUCUGGACAUUCCCCAGGCGGGCACUGUGUAUCAGAUUGGGGAUACUGUCAGGCUCGCUGCCGAACUCGCCGGGUUGCCCGUCAUCGUCAGAACCCACGACAUCCGCCGUGGCUCUAUGCGGGAUCUUUCGUAUCUGCCCCCAUCUUCCGCCAGGGGCCUCGCCACAGAUUUCGUCGCCAACGCAGCCGGACACAGCAAUCGGACCAUGACCGCGGGAAUCACUCAGAGCUACAUCGGUCCCCAGAAGUCAGGAAACUGGGACAAGAGAGUCGCUGCGAUUGACAAGGGUGACCAAGAUACCAUCAGUGAAGCCUUCGAUCUGGACAUCACCGCUGCUCCUUACAAGAGGGCAAGGUUAACGAUGGAUGAGGUGACUACCUUCGCGGCAGAAUCCGGCCUUGACCACGAGACACGAAAAGCUCGACGAACCGUAGUCACCAAGCUUCAGCGGAAGAAGAAGUCUGACUGGAUUGAUACGGCAGGUGAAUCGAGGCCCUCGAUUACUCCCACCAAAGCCGCACACCCUUCAUCCCCUGCCUCAGACGAGUCCGACCCCGACGACCCUACCUACUUGGACUCGGAUGGAUCCGCCAGCUACGAGGACCUCGGAGCAGAAGAGCUCUUGUUCGGCGGCUCUGUCGAGGACCUUAGCAACGAGUCACUCGAUGAGCUCAUGCAGGAGAAUGGAACGCCUUCGCAGUCACUUCCUCCAGAGCUGUCACUACGCCCGGCCGAGUUCAUCGAAUUCUUCUCUCGCAUCAACACCUACCGCUACGCCAGCGCAGCUACGCUCGACAAUGCGGCGACGGGAGGAAGCAGAUCGACACCGUCGUUUUUCCCCAACGUCUGCCCCAACGCCAAGUAUGGAUGCGAGUUCGUCUGCAAUUUUGUACAGGGCCUUGAAGUGCAUGUGGCUUCCUAUCCCACCAAUGCAGAGGAGCAUGCAAGGCUCGCUGCAGCCAGGGAAUUUCGCUGCACUUACGACGGAUGCACCAAGAAGUACACGGCCAAGGCGAACCUCGUAGAGCAUCUCAGGACCCACGAAGGGAAGCCCCGGGUCGAUCCCAGACCAUGUCACGUUGCUGGCUGCGACCCGAGUAUCGUGUACACGGAAUGCGAGCUGCAAAAACACAUGGACAUGGCUCAUUCCGGCUACAAACCUACAGGCUGCAUGAUUUCAGGGUGCAAGCAUGUGGCCCCGUUCGCUACGUUCCAGGCCAUUAGAAUUCACCUUCGCAAAGUCCACAAGCUAGAGGGUGAGGAGCUGGCCGCGUUGCUCGAGGGCCUUAAGGACAAAGCUCUAGCGGCUCCUGAUUUCCGCAAGAAGAGGACGCCCAAGUACCAGUACACACCCAUAGGUUGCCCCCUCGCCGCCACGGGAGAUUGCAAGUCGAAGAGGCAGCUUUACAAAUCCCGGAGGGACCUGACCCUUCAUAUGAGGUCCAUUCACAAGAUGACAGCUGCGGAACUCAACGCGCUGCUAGCCGAGGGCCUCGAAUGA